GUCCCCCCCUCCAAAGAGAGUGCAGUGGUUUCUUCCAUAGUGGGAGGUGUAGUUUUGUGGAGAAGUCACCGCAGAUCAAUGAACUGAGCGGAACAGACGGGCUGGGCAAGCCGACUACAGCGACCGUCCGUGGGAUAUAUGCUGCUCACCCUUCCGCAAGACAUAAUAUUUCUCCCCCGCGACAAUUCGGUGUUAAAGAUACGUCAAAGUGAGACUAUAUGACAGCACUGCUCGGUCUCUAUGGUUGAUAGAGCCACAAACACAACUUUACCCUCCUGGAUACACAAGAACAUACGACAUAGAAGCAUUCGGUAGAAAUUUAUUCAUCCGUCAGUGGAUAUUCGGUUGUUGAGGAUGAUUUUUGCAAAUUCUGGCCACACAGUGAGGACGUCAUAUAAUCGUAAACAGCCCCCUGUUGGCCCCUCCUCCCAUCCGAUGGCUCCGCCCAGUCCUGGAACCAACAGCAGCACCAAUCACAGCAGCAGCAGCAGCAGCACGGCCGGCUGGGAGCAGCUCAGUAAAACUAACCUCUACAUUCGUGGGUUACCGCCAACCACCACCGAUCAUGACCUGGUCAAGCUCUGUCAGCCGUAUGGAAAAAUCGUAUCAACCAAGGCCAUCUUAGACAAAACCACAAACAAAUGCAAAGGGUAUGGCUUUGUGGACUUUGACAGCCCUGCUGCUGCUCAGAAAGCCGUCAGCGCUCUGAAGACCAGCGGAGUUCAGGCUCAGAUGGCAAAGCAACAAGAGCAGGACCCCACUAACCUGUACAUAUCUAACCUGCCGCUGACCAUGGAUGAACAGGAGUUAGAGGCCAUGCUGAAGCCGUUCGGUCAGGUCGUCUCCACACGCAUCCUGCGGGACAGCAACGGCGCCAGCCGAGGGGUCGGAUUUGCCAGGAUGGAGUCAACAGAGAAAUGUGAAGCUGUCAUCUCUCACUUCAAUGGGAAAUUUCUCAAAACACCAGCUGGAGUUAUGGCCCCGUCAGAACCCUUGCUGUGCAAGUUUGCGGACGGAGGCCAGAAGAAGCGUCAGAGUCAAAAUAAAUAUGUGCAGAACGGACGAGCCUGGGCCAGAGACGGGGACAGCAGACUUGCUGGCAUGACCCUCACGUACGACCCCACCACAGCUGCUAUGCAAAAUGGAUUCUAUCCGACCGCCUACAGUAUUACAAACAGAAUGAUCACACAGACCCCCAUGUCUCCAUACAUCUCACCUAUGUCCACAUACCAGGUACAGAAUCCAUCCUGGGUCACCCAUCAGCCCUACAUCAUGCAGCAUCCGGGAGCAGUGAUAUCGCCCUCUAUAGAUCACUCCAUGUCUCUGCAGCCCACGUCCAUGAUGAGUCCUCUCACUCAGCAGAUGAGUCACCUCUCUCUGGGCAACGCAGGAACGUUUAUGCCAGCCAGUCAGGCUCUCCAGGGGCCGUAUAUCCCUCCAUACACUCACAUGCAGACCACCGCAGUCUCAGUAGAGGAGAACAGUCCACAACCUCAGGUGGAUUCGUCCAGUGAUCAUUCACCUUAUACCUAUCAGCAGGCCAAGUGAUGAAGAGGGUUGCGUGAGGUUGAGAGAGAAGGAGACGAAUGCUAAAUCAAUAACAGCUUCCUUUGAAGGACCGGCUCUACCGAUGAAUCAACAUUUUGCACAGGUUCUACGAUGAGUUCCUUGGUUUUAUAAUAAAACUACUUCAACUAUUUUGGUAUAAGUUCCAUUAGGUGCAAAUCAAGGAUUCAUUUCAUCAGAGGAUGCUAACAAAGAAAAAAAAAAAAAAAAAACACACACACACACAAAUGAAAUGGAAAGAAAAAGAAAAGUUUUAUUUUAAUAAGGAAACUGAUUAUUUUUUACCAAGGAUUGUCACAUAGAUGCAGGAACUUCAUCAUGCGACUCAAUGUGCAUGGAUAUUAUUCUUGUUUUUAUGAUUUCAGAUUAGUUUUUUUUCUCUCUCUCUCUUUUCUUUUGUACUGAAACAGAUGUUUGUUCUUAGAGAUUUGUCAGCCGGACAUCCUGAGAAAGAUGCGUUUGUGCUUGCGGUGUGAGUGUCGUUGAUGUGUUUUUCUGUUGUGUGCUUCAUCUUCGGUCUGACCGAUCUGUCCGUCUUAUACGAUUUGCCUUAAACUCUUUCCCGUACAGUAGCCGAAGAAGAGACGUCCGGCUACUGCCUUGUAAAUCAGCUGAAUAGGGCUUUUUUAGCAUUCUCGCAAAGGAAAAUUCCGCUGCGCUUGGAUUUCUGUGUUUUGCUUUUUCCGAUCUUUUAGAGUACAAACCGUUUCGAGUGAUAACAUUGAUGGAGUUUUCAUAGGAUUUAAUGUUUUUAUAAUCAGAGGCGAUGAUCCUUUGGUUGUUUGAAUGUGGUAGAAAUUCUGCUGAACGAUCACAUUUUUGAUAAUUGCCUUUUACUUUCGUUUAUAAAUCUCGGUGUUGUAGUUUAGCUUUAGAUGAACUCGUGUGGGAGGGGGAGGUGCUUUGACUCGUAUUCUAAUUUUGGGGGCGGGAGGGAGGCGUGGCCUGUCAGUCAGACCGAAUAUCGUUUGAUGCGUUCAGAGUUAAACCUCCUAAAAGAAAAAGUGACAACUUUCAGCAGCGGUUCAGCGGGCUUCUUCGGGAGAGGUGAACGUGUAGAUUUUAGUGCUCGUUUAAAGCAGGCAAACAAUUCUCGGCACUUUCAAGUUUACUUCACCAAAGACAGUCGGCAGGCGGAUCGUGCGGACGUGACGUCGUUUUCUCUGGAGGCGGGCCACGCUGAGACUUUUUAACAGACUAGAUUGCAGUUCUGGAGAAUGUGCCUUCUUUGUACAUAUGCAUUCAGCUGUCUUUAGUCGUCGAGGUGCGGACACCGAUAGCGUGAAGGACGAUUUGGAUCCAGCAAGUGCCACAAACUAAACGAAAACAUCACUACAGAGCAGAGACAACUGAAACUAAAAUGUGGGACGAGGACAGGUUGAAACGACGGCACUGUUCCAAAACCCUAGUGAGCUGCCUACAUAGACAGCUGCCUUCUAAGGGAGCAUCAUAACUUGUAAUGAUUGGUAAAGAUCUACACGAGUUUUGCAUUGGCAUGCUGCAGUAAAAUUACAAAGCACACAAAAUAUUUUGUGUUUUUUCAUUGGAAUCAACUAUUUUUUAGCUAUUCUUUUCUGUAUUGAGUAAAUUAUAUUCAGUUUUUUCACUCGAAAUGCAUUAUGGGAUUGCCUUCUCAAUGAAGGAUACAUGCGAUGCCGCCUUGGGUAUCUUAGUGCACUAAUUCAGAAAUUAUGUAAAAUACCGGUAAAUAAACUGAAACGUUUAAAAAUAUUAUAAACACUAUAAACAUGUAUUUUAUUUCCCGUCACUCCACAACCAAUCCUUUAAAUUUAACAGUAUUCAGAACAAAACAGGAAACAAAAAUAUAAACAUAAAACAAACAUAAAUUAUAGUGUGGCAUUCAUUAUAAACACCAAGCCUAAAUAAAUUUAAAGCGAAACAAACUACCAGCGACUACCAAACUUGACAUUAAAAAGUCACCAUGGAAUCAAAAUUGUUUUUUUAUGGAAUAUUGCCAUAUUUAUAAAAAAAAAAUGUAUGUGCCUCAUUAUCUUUAAUCAGAAUAACUUCCCCUCCCUCUUGCAGUGACAUCUCUUCUCCUCUUGAUAAUGAGGGCGGGGCAAACUGUCACUCACAUGAGAUCCACCAAUAGCAAACCACAACCAUCCAAUCAAUUCCCCACAGACAAAAUGAAGCCCCACCCUACAUUUGUUCUUGUUCUAGAAGCCGUUUCACUUGGAUAUGCGUCACAAUAGGGAAGAAAAACUAGCGCAACUUCCGUUUCAUGCUGUGUUUAAUAGCAUUAAAUAAGUCGCUUUUGAAUACAUGUUUCACGUUUUAAAAACGUGACAAUUUCUGAAAAUACGCUAGGCAGCUCACUAGGUUUUAGGACGCGGUCUUUGAAGUAAUAAUCGCAUCCAUUACAGGAAAACGUUUUUAUUUUCUUCUCAACUCACAAUAUACUUUAGUAAGGCUUUAUAGUAAAGUUGAAAUUAUGACUUAAAAAGUCAAAAUUAUGAGAUAAAAAUUCCAAACUAUGACAUACUAAGUUGAAAUUGACAAAAAGUCAAAAUGAAGACAAAAGUUUUGACUAUGACUUAGCAUGUCAAAAUUUUGACUCUUUAUCUCUUAAUUUUGAUUUUUUUUUUUAUCUCAUAAUUUUGAUUUUUGACUUUUUAUUUUCUUCUAAACUCACAAUAUAGGCUUUAUUCAUUAAUUUGUCUUCCAAAAGACUGUGUUUUUUGACCUGGUGGGUCUUGUUGACCGGUUAUCUACCUCAGAGUUUUGUUGUCCUCUGUUUUAAUUGGUCGGGCUAGCAGGUUCAGCCCGCCCCUCCAGACCAAACGGCCAGCUCAGGAGCUGUCCAUGUACACUUGAUUUCUUUCAGGUUUUUUGUUUUCAAAUACUUUGAUCCUUUUCUUCUUCUUCUUCUUCUUCUUCAAACGAAAAAGGUUUUUUUUAUUAUUGUUAUCGUUAUAAGGAAAGUUGAGCGUUUGUUUUAGUGUCGUUUAGCAUUCAGAUUCAUCGUUUCGAAAGCAAAAAAAAUGCUGCUUUUCAUCACAAGAUAUUCCAGUAGUCCAUAGGAAGUAGACAAGAAAGCGUGCGCGAGAGAGAGAGAGAGAGAGAGAGAGAGACAGAGAGCGAGUGAGAAACAGCGAUGCUGAAAGUUGCGGUUUUCCCGAGACAUCACUGUUGUAUGGAAGCCCGUUUCCAGCACAACAACAAAAAUCAUACUCAGGUUAAUCAUAAUUAUGGCAUAAAAAGUCAAAAUUAUGACUUAAAAACUCAAAAGUACAAGAUAAAACGUCAUAAUUAUGACACACAGUCAUAAUUUUGUGAUGAAAAGCUGGAAAUAAUACUUAAAAAGUUAAAAUUAUAGUCAAAAAUCAAUUGAGAUGAAAAGUGUAAAUGAAUACUUAAAAAGUCAUAAUUAUGAGAUAAAAAGUCAAAAUUGACACUUAAAUCAAUUUUGAGAUGAAAAGUUGAAAUUAAUAGUCAAAAUUAUGAGAUAGUCAAAAUUCACAUGUCGAAAUUGACUUAAGUCAAAAUGAGAUAAAAAGUCAAAUGAAAAACUGAAAUUAAUACGUAAAAAGUCAAAAUUAAGUAAAUUUUGAGAUGAAAAGUUGAAAUUGGGACAAGUCAUAAUUAUGAGAUCAGGGCCCAGUUUCACAGACAGGGCUUAGGCUAAGCCAGGAUUAAGCCUUAGUUCAAUUAGGAUAUUUAAGUAGCUUUUAUAAACAUAGAAAAAAACAUUACUGGUGUACAUCUUGAGACUAAACAAUGACUCUGACAUAUUUUAAGAUAUGUUAGUGCAAGUUACUUUCAGUUAAAACAGCUCAAACAUGCAUUUUAGUCUAGGACUAGCUUAAACCUUGUCUGUGAAACCGGGGGAAAAAAGUCAUAAUUAUUACACAAGUCGAAAUUAUAAUAUAGUCAAAAUUAUGACUCUAAGUCGUCAUUAUGAGAUCAAAAAAGUUUAAAUUAAUACUUAAAAAGCAAUUAUUAUGAGAUAAAAAGUCAAUUAUAACUUAAAAGCCAAAUUUAUGAGAUAAAAAUGUGAAAAUAUGACACGCUAAGUUGAAAUUGACAAUAAGUCAAAAUUAUGACAAAGGUUUUGACUCUUAGCAUGUCAUAAUUUUGACUUUUUUUCCCUCAUAAUUUUGACUUUUUAUGUCAUAAUUAUGACUGUAUAAAUUUCAACGUUUUAUGUCCAUUUUUUUACCUCAUACAUGAUUAUGACUUUGUAUGUCAUACAUUUGACUUUAUCUCAUGAUUAUGAUUUACCGAAGCAUGAUUUUGUUCUCAUGUGGCAGAAAUGUGCCUCCAUACUGUUGCUUUCAGACCGAGUCCAGACAGAGUUUUAACGGCGUAUCCGUGGUGCUCAGCUCACAGCCGAGUCCAUUCUUGACGUGCGUGCGUGCGUGCGUGUGUGUGUGUGUGUGGCAGCGAGUGUGUUUCUGUGGAGUUCUUGUGUGGCUCAUGCUGCUAGUAACAUCUGAAUCCGAAGUGCCAAUCUGUGUCUGGGUCAAAGAGUUGAAAAGAUUUGUUGUGCAGAGAGAAAUUGCUCAUGAAUAUGAAAAAUCAUGUACUAGACAGCCAUUAAGUUAUAUGAAAAAAAAAGUAAUAAUUUAUGAAGAGAGAAGUUUUGUACAGACUGUUUGAAAAAAUAAAAACAAUAAAAAGAUUUUCAUAGAGAUAUCUAUAUGAGAGUUGAUUUUGUAAUUUCUUUCUCUCUGUUUUACAUGUGCCACACGCUUGCCAGUGGUAUCUUGUAUGUUCGGUUUAUCAGAAACCUUCCUCUGUAUUUUUUCUUUUGUUUUCGGGAGUGUUUGUUGAAGCCAAAAAGCUUUUUUUUUUCUCCUCUUUUACCCUUUGUUUCCAGUAGAUUGUUAAUUAAGCUUUAUUUCUGUUCAUUUCUUUGAGAAUUUUUGAAUAAAAACACACAUUUUUGUUUUA